AUGAUUCGGAAAUCGUCUAUAAUCAUUCUCUUGGGAUUGAUUUCAGUCGCUUUCUGUAGUGUGUCACAACGAAUGAUGUCAGUUAAGCCAGGAGAACGUCUGGAAAUGGAAUUUUAUGGGAAUAUAACGAUUUUCACUAUAAUGGUGUACAACGCUAAAGACGUCUUACAGACGCACGUUUUCAGAGUCUGCAAUGGGAAGAAUAAGUCGAAAUGUGGAUUUUGGGAGAAUAAGAAAAAUAAGCAGAAGGUAGGACCAGCCACUAUUUUUAACAUAAAGAAGAGUUUGUUGAUUAUUCCAAAAGUUGGAGAUCGGCUGGAAAUCGAAUAUUACAGCCCAAAGAAACUUGAGAGAUUUGUGAAGAAUGCAAAAGGAGUUGAACAACAUCAAGUUUAUAGAAUCUGUAAUGGAAACAACAAGGCAAAGUGCGGAUUUUGGGAGAAUAUAAAAACCAAGAAAAAGGUUGGACCAACCACCAAUUACAAUAAGAAGAAGAAUAUGAUGGUUAUUCCAAAAGUGAAGCUACUCGAUGCAGGAACAUACAGAGAUAAUUAUUAUGAUACUGUUUAUGUUUAUAUUGAGAAAUAA